GAGCAUUGCGUCUAUUGCUAUAGCAGCGGGAAGCCGGUUUGUGCUCAUCUCCAUCAUGGAUAGUCCGAGUCGUGUCUUCGCCGCGAUAGUACCGGCCGGACGGGAACUUUACGGUAACGAAAAAGAGCAAGGAUUGGAAGUUAGAACAGUUAGGCGACAAAGUUCCGGUAGCUGUGUACGGGAGGUCCAGGUCACAGGGACAGCGGAGGCUCGCUGCACGGCAGACCGAGCGUCGGUGAGGGUCAGCGUGGGCAACAGCAAGGAGUCCGUCGACGAAGCAACCCACAGCGUUUCACGGCGACUUGGGUACAUUUUACAGGCUCUCAGACAACAUGACAUCAGGGAGGACGACACCGUAGUGAGGAGGUUUCUCCAGCGAGAUGCAGACCUGUAUCGCAUGGAUGCGGAGAUCUUGGUGACUUUCUCAGACUUCGAGAAGAUGGAGCGAGUUUGUAGCAUCCUGCUGGAAAAGCUGGACAAGAGCGUUUGUGUGGGGACACCGCAGUUCUACCACAGUGAUGAGUGCCUGAGUCAAAUGAGGCUGCGUGCGUGCGUGUCUGCAGUCGAGAAUGCUCAUCUGAAGGCCAGCAAAGUCAGUCAGCUCCUGGGACAAAGUCUGGGACCCCCUCUGCUGGUUAGAGAAGAGGAAACCAAAGAGUGGAGGAACGACGAGGAGGAUGGAGGUGGAGGGCAGGGCCCUGCACCUCCAUCUCACUUUCCCAGCAUACCUACAGUCACUGCUUCCUCGCAGGUGUCCGUCUCCUUCAGCCUCAGAGACAGAAGCAGGAAAAAACUCUGAAGAUUCAUGAACCCAGAGAUUGGACUUGGACAGAUGUAAUGCUUUAAAAAAAAAAAAAAAAAAAGUGCAGCUUUUUCAAAGUAUUUUUAAUUUA